AUGUGCAUAGUAUUCUUUAGAGUAAGACCAACAAAAGGGAUAAAGCUUAUUGUGAUAUUUAACAGAGAUGAAUAGCCAUCAAGAAAAAGAUCUGAGCUAGGAGUUCAUUUUGAUCCAUAGCGAAUUGCAUGCGCAGUUGAUCUUGAGGCUAAUGGUACUUGGCUAGGUUUUAAUCUUGAUACUGCUAAUUUUGGAUUUCUGACAAAUUAUGAGAACAAGAAAUUUAAGAUGAUAGCCGACUCUAAAUAUAGAAAGGGCAACUUACUAAUGAAUUUCCUUAAAUCUGAAUCUCCUUUUACAAAGCCAGAGUAUUAUUAAGAAUAUUUAGAAACUUUCCUCUAAGAGGGUGAGGAAUUCAACGGAACUAAUAUAUGGUUAGGUAAUAGCUCGACUGAUGAUGUCAUCUUAACUUUCGCUCACAACUAAGAAAAUAAAGAGAAGAGUUUCUAAGUUAUUAAUACUGAUGAAACUAUAGCAUUUGGCAAUGGUAGGGUUAAUGAAUAAUUUUUCAAAUAGACAUUGGGCUAAAGCUUAGUAGAUAAAGUAAUCUCACAAGUUCAAUUAGAACACGAAGAUCAGAGUAGUGAUGAGUUGAUUUAAAACUUGAAAAACAGGUUAUUUAAAAUUGCAGAGUUAAACAAGAUUCCAACAGAUAGAAAAGACUGGGUAUAAAUUGAUUUAUAUAACGAUAGUGAAGCUUAUUGGAAUUCCAGUAUAUUUUUGGAGAAGCAUGAGGAACGACUGAUAGAUGAUGAGCUAGGUGUAUUUGCAACUAUCAGUUCUACAGUAAUGAUAAUAACAGAUUCAAAUGAGAUUCAUCUUUUUGAAAGAGUUUAUGACCAUGAUAGCAUUAGUGAAAGCAAAGAAUAUACUGAUUAUGAUAAUUAAAUUCAUAAGGAAUUAAUUGAGUUGGAUACUUUUGGCUUUGUAGAGUAAGAUUCAUUCACAAGGACUCCAUUUAAUGAAUAGUAUAUUUAUUCUAAAUUUUGA